AUGCGGAGGGCUUUUUAUAGUGCUCAGGAGGGAGUCACUAUAGACGGCUGGCAGGUGCUUGUAUAUUACUACCCAUUUGCAGGUAGGCUUGUAGAAGGGUCUAAUAGGAAACUCCUGGUGGACUGCACCGGAGAAGGCGUCUUGUUCAUUGAGGCUGAUGCAGACACCACACUCGAGCAUCUGGGCGAUGCGAUUCAGCCGCAUUGUCCAUGUUUUGAGGAGCUUCUAUACGAUGUUCCCGGCUCCGGAGAGAUCCUUGGUUGCCCUUUGCUGUUAAUUCAGGUGACGCGUUUGAGGUGCGGAGGGUUUGUACUUGCACUGCGCCUAAACCACACAAUGAGUGAUUCCCCCGGGCUGGUGCAGUUCCUGAAUGCUGUCAGCGAGAUGGCCAGAGGCGCAGAUGUGCCACCUGUGCUGCCCGUCUGGGAAAGGGAGCUCUUGAAUGCGCGAAAUCCGCCACGUAUAACAUGUAUGCAUCACGAAUAUGAGGAGGUACACGACACCAGGGGUACACUAGGGGUUAUGGAUGAUCAUAAUACGGUUCACCGAUCCUUCUUCUUUGGCCCUAAAGAGAUAAAAGCCCUUAGAAAGCGAAUUCCCCAGACCCUUGGUCCAUGCUCUACAUUUGAAGUACUAACAGCCUGUGUAUGGAGAUGCCGCACGGUUGCCUUUGGGGUAGACCCUGAUGAGACUGUCCGUGUUUCAUGUCUAAACAACGUGCGGGGCAAACGGGGUUUGCAGUUGCCUUCUGGUUACUAUGGCAAUGCAUUUGCCAACCCAGCUGUAGUUACAAAGGCCGGAGAACUCUGUAACAAUCCACUGGGAUAUGCAGUGAACUUGGUGAAGAAGGCCAAGGCUGAAAUGAGCGAGGAGUACAUAAGAUCAGUAGCAAAUUUUAUGGUAAUUAAAGGGCGGCCCUCCUACACACGUACAGGGAACUUCAUCAUUUCUGAUAACACCCGGGUUGGCUUUCAGGAGAUUGAUUUCGGGUGGGGGAAGCCCUUAUAUGGUGGGCUUGCUAAGGCCAUGUCUAUUAUUAGCUUCUGUCUGCGGUUUAGAAAUAGUAAAGGAGAGGAAGGGGUUGUUGUCCCGAUAUGCUUGCCCCUUCAAGUUAUGGAAAGGUUUGGACAGGAGGUAAAGAGAAUGAUCGCAGAGGAAAUUGCAUCCAAGCUCUAAAUAAAAUAUGAACGUACGUACAUUGAUAUUGUCAGAGUAUUGUUCCUGAGAAAGGGUUUUGAAUUUGAUGGAAGAGAAGAGACCUCAAGUACUCUGUAGUAGAUUUUUGUAAGCCUUCUGGCUUAAAUGGUAGAUAAUCAAUGUGAUGUGUGUGGUAAUCCUGUUGGAUUGCUCAGAAAUUAUCAUCUAUUUCAAACCAAGUCUUUUUGUUUUU